AUGGGGCAGACCGACUCCAAGUCGACGGGCAUGCAGCGCCGGUCAUCCGUGUCUGCCUUUCUCCCGAGCCCCAAGACUGACAUCACUUCCAUGGAUCAACGCACUGCCGAUCAAAAGUUUGGUCUAGCCUACAUGCAAGGAUGGCGGGCCCACAUGGAGGAUGCUCACAUUACUCAGCCCGAGCUACCAGGCCUUCCUGGCUGGUCCUUUUACUCUGUUAUUGAUGGCCAUGCAGGCGCCGAGGUGGCCCAUUACUCGGAAGACCAUUUGCUAGCCUCAGUUCUCUACGAACUUUUGCCCGUUAAGGAUAGUCUGCAUGCCAUCUCCGACGCCAUGCACCGAGCUUUCCUGCGCCACGAUCGCGCCCUGUUUGCCGACAAUAAAGUCCGCCUCGACAACUCGGGCGGCACUUGUACCAGCGUUCUCGUCAGUCCAACCCACUACAUCUUUGUGAACCUAGGCGAUUCGCGCUCCCUCCUCUGCCGGGGCGGCAAGCUCGCGUUUCAAACCCGCGACCACAAACCCAUCCUACCCCAAGAGCGCACUCGCAUCCGCAACGCCGGCGGCUUUGUCAUUAAUGGUCGCGUUGACGGCGGCCUCGCCAUCUCUCGAGCCUUUGGUGAUUUUGAUUACAAGCGCAACCCGCAGCUUGGCGCCCUCGAGCAAAAGGUCGUGGCCGACCCCGACGUCACCCUCGUCGAGCGGGAUCUAGAGCACGAUGACUUUCUCCUUCUUUGUUGUGACGGCAUCUUUGACGUCAUGAGCAAUGCGACUGCCAUCAAAUUCGUGGCCACCAAGCUGCGCCGUUCUCCGGACAAUCCCAAGGCUGUUUGCCAGGCCCUGCUGAAACGAUGCCUAGAGCUUGGCUCCCGCGACAACAUGUCCGCUUGUCUGGUCGUCUUCAACAAGGAGUUCCUUCAAGCCACCCACGUGAGCAGCGCCGAGGAACGCCCCGCUGAGCAGGCAUUGGACGGAUUAGCCACCUCUGUCGCCUUCAACGCCAUGGCAUCGGCUGUGGCAGAGAUUGUCAACCAGCAUGGCAGCCCAACCUCUUCUCGCAGCGCAUCAACCAGUGCCGCUGCAAACGGCAUCAGCCCGCUGCGUGAGAUUCCCGUUUUUGACAUGGAGGAAGCCCACCCAAGCGGUCUGCACACAGUCAUGGAGGUGUGUACAUGUGUGCAUGUGUGUUCAUGUGUGCACCGUGUUUGUGUGCUGGGAUGGCAAUGA